UUCUUCGUCUUUGUUCCACUGUCAGGUAAACGGUCCAGCCGACCUGGAGGACCUGAGCUGUGUUUUUAACGGGCGGACGGUAUCGAACCCGGUACCUGCGAGUCAGAUACCCCUGACUUUAGUAUCUAGGUAUUAAAAAUAGUCCAUAUGUUGUGUCUGAAACACAAAAACUGAAAGUGAGAGAAGUUUGUGAGUCCGUCGGCUUUACGAUGCUAACAAAGAGAGCUAGCUUAGCUUAGACUCUCCGGCUAACGUCAGAACAGGUGAGUGUUUAUUCUCUGUGAUCAGAUUAACUUCACCUAAAAGUUACUCUGUUGUACAGGUCAGGCAAGAAGGAUUAACCAUCUAACUAUCUUAGUUCACUGUGACAAUGUAAAGAAAGCGAAGUUAACGUGUGCAGUUAGCUCAGAUAAACACAGGAUAGCUAAGACCUGCAGGUGGGCUCAGGUGAGUUUUUACAGGUCAGACGGGUACAGGAAAGUCAUAAAUAUUAUCUAUCAAAGGUGUUCAGGUCUGCGAGGGAUUCAACAACUCAUUAUUUUACACCCAGAACAGAUCAAAGGUCUCUAAUUUCAGAUUAUUAAAGUCAAAACUGUUGAAAGACCACAGCUCAAAUGUUUUAAAAAGCUCAAUCUGACCUUUUGAACCUGUAAGUACCUCCAGGUUCAUGUUUCCCAUCAUGUGUCCUCAGCUCUUCUUUCACCAAAACCCUCUGUAAACCGAAGUGAACCCAGAAGACCAGAUUCUGGAGUCUCAAAGUCUAAUGUUGUCCCAUUCUUGCCUGAAAAAGGAUUUUUAGCUGCUGAACAAUUCAGGGUUCUUUUGUCCUAUUUUUGGUGUCAUGAUUGUCUAAAUGUUUUCAAUGGGGGAAAAGUCAGGAGUGCAGACAGGCCAGUUUAGCAGCAGGACUCUUGCAGUGACCGAGACAUGCUGUUGUAAUAGGAGAUGUUGUUUCAGUUUGUGGUUUUUUUUAACCUGUUUGGCUGUUCUUCUGACAGCUUUUGACCUGUUUGGAUAAUCCUCUGUAACAACUGUUGACCUGUUUGGUUGUUCCUCCAACAAUUUUUUUACAUGUUUAGUUGUUUUUUUCCUGCUUGGUUAUUCCUCUUUAACAACUUUUUACCUGUUUGGUUGUUUCACCAACAUUAUUUUUAAAGAUUUAGUUAUUCCUCUUUAACAACUUUUUACCCAUUAAGUUAUUCCUCUUUAACAACGUUUUAACUGUUUGGUCGAUCCUCUUAAACAACUUGUUACCUGUUUGGUUUGGUUAAGUUGUUCCUCUUUAACAACUUUUUACCCGUUUAGUUAUUCCUCUUUAACAACUUUUUACCUGUUAAGUUGCUCCUCUUUAACAACUUUUUACCUGUUAAGUUGUUCCUCUUUAACAACUUUUUACCCGUUAAGUUGUUUCUCUUUAUCAACUUUUUACCCGUUUAGAUAUUCCUCUUUAACAACUUUUUACCUGUUAAGGUGUUCCUCUUUAACAACUUUUUACCCGUUUAGUUAUUCCUCUUUAACAACUUUUUACCCGUUUAGUUAUUCCUCUUUAACAACUUUUUACCCGUUAAGUUGUUCCUCUUUAACAACUUUUUACCCGUUAAGUUGUUCCUCUUUAACAACUUUUUACCUGUUAAGUUGUUCCUCUUUAACAACUUUUUACCCGUUAAGUUGUUUCUCUUUAUCAACUUUUUACCCGUUUAGUUAUUCCUCUUUAACAACUUUUUACCUGUUAAGUUGUUCCUCUUUAACAACUUUUUACCCGUUUAGUUAUUCCUCUUUAACAACUUUUUACCCGUUAAGUUGUUCCUCUUUAACAACUUUUUACCCGUUAAGUUGUUCCUCUUUAACAACUUUUUACCCGUUUAGUUAUUCCUCUUUAACAACUUUUUACCUGUUAAGUUGUUCCUCUUUAACAACUUUUUACCCGUUUAGUUAUUCCUCUUUAACAACUUUUUACCCGUUAAGUUGUUCCUCUUUAACAACUUUUAACCUGUUUGGUCGAUCCUUUUUAAUAACUUUGGUUGUUCCUCUAUAAAAAAUUUUCUACCUGUUUGGUUGUUCCUCUGUAACAACUUGUUACCUGUUAGGCUGGUCCUCUAUGGCCCGUGUUCAAUUAACGUUACCUGACAGUGUUGUUGUUUCUGUGCACUUUAAAGAGGAUUUUUAUUCUCUUUUUUUUUGUUUGCAGGUGUGAAGCGUGAGCACGGAGAGUUUUGACCUGAAGUCUGUUUAAUCUGCAAAUUUACCAAAUGUGAAGUUCCUGUUUGCUCACUCACCGAUGAGGCCAAAGACAUGUAGAGAGGAAGCUUCACUUCUGAAUGCUGCCAGUCUGUAAAAAUAAGCCCCUGUUUUGACAGUUUCCUGCCUUAACACACCCACAGGUGUUUUUAUGGCUCAUAGCUCUGCCCAGGCUUUGUGAACAAGAAGGACGACUUAUCAGCUGAGCUGGUAGCGUGCAUGCUUUCCCAGUGAGCUCACAUAGCUGCUGGGCCAACUCGAGCAAGAACAGCUUAAAUCCAAGUGAGCAGACUCAUUUUGAUUCACCUCCAGGCGGCUCAGUGAGGGGGGAUGACAGCUGUGGUGGGACGGGCGUGGGGGUGGGUGUGCUCCUGGGGCGGCGGCGGCAGUAAAGCUGAGAAUACUCCCACAGUAACAGCUGAGGAGCAGAAGCAGGUCACCCGGACGAAGAAAGGGUGGACGUCUUGGCUCUGGGGUGGAUGGAGACGUCAGAGUGACCACGGCAGCCCAGUGGAGGAGUUCUGGGAGGCCCAGGAGAAACUGCAGCCCAUGGAGAUAGAGGUUGUGCGUGCAGGGAAGCAGGAGCCAGAUCCAAAGCCACAUCAGGUCUCCAGAUGGUGGAGUAAAUUUAUCCCAACCUCCUACCUCCCCUGGCCAAGAAAAACUGAGCCCAGUGGGAUGAAGCGGAGGAAGCGGGAUGGUCGGGGUGGAGAUGAUGUUGACGGGGACUUUUCAGACUAUGGGACACCGCCUCCAUCCCCUACACCCUCCUCUCGUAUAACGUCUCCUUUCCGACUCUUUGUGAACAGCUGGACGCUGGAUAUCCUCCCAGAGCACCACGAGAUCUGCUUCAACUUCCUCCGCCACCUCUUUGACCUGUUUGUGGUUGGAUUCCUGUGGACCGUGUCCCCACCGACCAAGCUGAUCCUAGAGGUCCUGGGGGUGCAUGGCGCUCUGAGGCUGUGGCUCCACGGCAUGGCGAUGUUCUUUGUGUCCACGGUGGGGAUGGCGGGGUUACUCUGGCUGGUUCAGGAGUACCUCCCUCAGUUCGCCCUGAUCUAUGGGAUCAUCCAGGCGCUGGUCAUCUCUGUGAGCGUGCGGCAGAGCGUCCUCCUCGACACGGAGGAGGUGGAGGGGGACCGAGAGACGGAGAAGGAGGAGGAAAAAGUGACUGAUGAUGUGAAAGAGAGAGAACACAAAGAGAAGAGUGUGUCAGCAAAGGACAAGGUGAAGACGAGUUAGACUUCAGGUGAGCUCCAUAUUUUCAUUUCAGUGACAGCUUUCAGUUAUAAAGUCUGACUGAGAGGCAGCAUAAUGAAAACCUGCUGAUCAAGAGGCGCAGCUGAUGACAGACACACACACACGCGCACUCUGACAGGUGGAGCUGCAGCUGUACUUAAGCUUCGAUCUGCUCAGUUUAAACUCUGCUGGUCUGAAUUCACAAAUACAUGAAGCUACUGGAGCUCUGCAGAAGAAAAGGCCCUAAAAAUGACACAGGUAACAGGAUUUUGGCUAAAAACUUCAUAAUCACAAUUUAAAGACCACUGUGAACACUUAAAGUGGAUAAAAAAAAUGAUUGGAGUGGGACUUUAAGAGUUUAGCUGAGUUCAAGCACUUAAGUUCGCACAGUCAGCCACAUUUACCAAACAGACUGAUCCUUGAUGUGACUGCACUUUGGAGCUAAAUCAGGUCAUAAAUAACUGAACAAAAAAGUGGUUUGAGAAUAAUUUCCCAAAUUUUCAAGGAUAAAAAUAAACUUGAAAAUUCACAAAAACUAAGCUGCAAUUUAAUGAGGAAGAAGUAUUUAGAUUUUCAUGGAGAUUAACAUAAAAAUAUAUGAAAAAGUAUGUAAAUGUGAAAAACCAGAAUGAAGAUUUUACAAGAAAAAGGGAAAAUUACAAAAUUAUAAUAAAGGACAAUUAAAUUAAUGGAUAUACUGUUGCAUUUUAAAGUUUGGUUUGGAAAUCAUCCGGUAAACUAUGAGACAAAUUUAGUAAAUAAACAAGAAAAAGUUUUAAUAUAAAAAAAAAAGUCCUGAUUUGAUUUAAAAAAACAUAACAUAUGAAAAUAAACAUGAAAAAUGAAAACCAUGUAAGUUAUAAUUAUAUAUGAAUAAACUUAGCUGGAAUAAAACUAAAGAAUAAAGUUGAACAUUUACAGCUGAGUGUGUUUUUUCAGGAUCAAGUCAUUAAUAAUAAUAAUUACAAUAAUAGUUUGUCAAUGAUUAUAAUAAUAUGUUGACUUAAAUGAGAUGUGAUGAUCCCAGAAGGCCAAACUGCAGCUGGUUUUACUUUAUUUAUUUGUGCAGUUAUAUUUGGGCCUGUCCCACUUUAUUCACAAUAAUAACAAUAACCUUUUAAGACACUGAGAACACCUGACUGAGAGCACCUUUCCUCAGAGCUACUUUGAAUACUUCCUUCCUGGGUGAUGACAGUCAUUUGAAUGCAGCUCUUCCUGGAGUUCUUAUUUAUAAUGUGGAACUUCUAUUUUUACACAGUAUAUGAUCUGAGGUCUUAUUCCACUUGCUUUAAGAGACACGCUAAUAUAGGAGAGGUUUGAGUUUCCUGCAGGAGGGUCUAUAAUUCAGUGUGUGCUCUGCUUGUGCUCUGACAGAUUUAUUUCAAGUUCUUAUUUGUUUUUCAUAAACCUCAAUAGUUCACUGUAUUUAUCCUCAGCCUGUAAACAGUCUGAAUGAACUCCGUGGAAAGCCGCAUUUUAAAGGCUUCUUCGAUCACCUCCAUUAGCUGUUGCUGUGCCUUGAAAACAGGUGUCAGUGUUUCAUUUCUUUAAUAUCAAAGUUUAAAACUCUGAUGUGGUAAAACCUCGAGUUCAGACUGCAUAAUGACUUUUUUAUUAUUUUAACACAGGUUCUAGUUAUUUGUGCAGACCUAUAAAAAGUGCAGUAAAGAUUAAGCAAGUUAAACUCAGAGUUUAAAGAGACAUGAAUGUAAACAUGUUCUCUUUUUAGUCUUAAAUAUGAUUUAUGUGAUAAUGGUGUUCACAGUUGAAACUUAAAGGUAGAGUUUCUGUCACCUGUAGGAUCAGAGAGUGUUUUAUUUAAACGUCAAACAUCCUGAGAAAGUUGAGCAUGUUUCUGUUUGGAUCUAUUCUGCAGUUUCAAGGAUUAUCUGACCUGAAACAGUAGAUUCAUGUCUUUCUAUUGAAGCUGCUUGAAAUAAACCACUCACACUGUGAGACCCUGUUGAAUCUAUUUCCAUCCUGUUACCAUAGAAAAGUCAGUGUGACGUCCUCUGAUUGGUGUGAAACCUCUGACAGAGAGCAGCUCAGAUCCUGUGGGAGUUGAAUAUAAUUCAGUUUAUCAGCCCGAGGCGUGUGAUCCUCUGAUUUAUAAUUAUCUGUCCUCUCUCAGAGAUACAGUCUGUCCUGAUCCUGCACCUUCACACAGACUGACGUAUGUUUAAAGAAGAGAGAAACUGACUCAUAUGAGUCGUGUUUAGAUGAGAGUGAGCUUCUGUAUUUUUCAAUGUUUUUAUGCAUAUACUCACGAUUAGUAAGAUUAGUGGGGUUUUUUUUUCAAACUUAUUUUCACCUCAGUUUUACCCCGCACAUUAAUUCAAAGAAAACCUGUUUCUGUACUGUGUGCAUGGCCUCCAGCUCUGCCUGUCAGCUCCUGUGUCUGAACAGUUUAUCAGCUGUUAGUAUCUUCAAGACGCCCCCUCUUGUUUUCAUCUUUGCUUCUGUUGUAAUAACCCUUUAUGGAUUGGUCUCUUUGGGCUGAAUCAGACGAGAAAAGAAAUGGAAAAUAUAGUAAUAAUUACAGUACUUUACAGUCUCCUGUUAUUCAGCCGGAGCUGCCUCCUCCUGUUUUGAGUCAGAUUCUGGGCCACAUGUGUGUUCUGGCACAGGUUCACUGUAUUUGUAUUUGUAUUUGUUUAUUUAGCACAGAUUAGAAACAGUGCAGGGAGGGAACGAAGCCGAUAGGCUUAUACAAAGUUCCACUCCCAUCAGGACAGAGAAAGCAUAAGGUGCAGACAACUAAGUAACAUAGACAGGUUACACAUGUACAAUGAUUAGGGAAAGGUCAAACAGAUACAAAUUGCCAUAAACGGAACACAGACAAAUCCGCAAACAGUGAUAAAGACAAUAAAGUACUCAUAAAAAGGAAAGAAACAUGAUCAUAACAAAUAAUGAUGUAUUUAAGACAUUUGUUUCUGUGGUUCUUCUGCAUCUGCACCAGCCUGCCCCUUCCCUACUCUAACAGCAUUCAGGCAGCCAAUCAGAGCAGAGCCUCUUCAUUAUGAUGUUGGUCACUGCAUUGUAGGGGUGGGAAUCACUAGUGACCCCCUAUGGAUAAUACAGCGAGUAUUGUAUUACCAUAUAUUGCAAUUUAUACAAUUUUUUCAACUGUUUAACUAAUUUAGUAUUGUCCUCCCUUUAUGUUUGUCUUAUUUAUGCUGUAUUUUAUUUUCAUGUAGCACAUCUUGCAAACCUUGUAUUUGUUGUACUAACUUCUCCUGCUCUAUGAUAUCACCUCUGCCAACCUCACUGGUCAAACAGUUGAUUUUAAUUUUCAAUUAUCAUAGAUUUGACUUCAUAUUAGCCAUUAGUUAGAAAAAAUCAAUACUUGAUAAAUGAGACGAUACGAUGUAUCACCAGACAAAAUAUUGCGAUACUAUUCUGUUUCGAUUUUUUUCUCCCACCUCUACUGCAUGGACAAUGAGGAUCUGUUAUACCCUGCAGUCCUGCAGUCACUUAUCUGUGGAUAAGUAUCAGUGUAGUGAUACUCAGCUGUGUAUCAUGUAUUCUGCUGUCUUAGUAAGAUAUCAGGAGUUUGAGAUGACUUAAAAGAUCUGACAGGAGCAGUUACAGAGACCAGCUUAACUGUUUAAGAGUCUUUCAGUUCUUCUUCAGCUUCUUUUGAAUCUGCAGGUUUAUAUUUAAAGUGCGCAAAAGUAAAUAACAUUUAACUCAGAUUAUUUUACAAUAACAUUUCUGUAUUUUCCCACAUAAAUAAACUAUCCUUGUCUUCUUCACAGAUGCCGAGGCUCUGCAGUCUACUCAGGAGUCCACUAACACCUGCGUCACACCUGUAUGAGCGCUGCGAGUGUGUGAGACCACACAGGGACUUUUACCUGCAGCUGGACUCACCUGUUGUAUUGCACACUUCCUACAAACUGAUAGACAUUGUUCUUGUGUCACUUUAUGUUCAACACUAUAUACCUGCAGUUUCUAUUUUUGUUGUCACCUGAGCGUUGAUUUAAUCACACUGAGGGUUAUGAAUGUGAGAGACAGGUAAUGUUAUGCAGUAUUUAAAGAUUUUCUCUGUUGGUUUACUUUUAUUCUUUCAUGUUGGACUUCUUCUCUGAUCACUAACCGCCGGCUUCCUUUAGUUCAGUCUGGGGGAGAAGAAGUUCAUGGAAACAUAAUCAGAUUAUCAGAUGGAAAAGGCAGAAAUACACAGAAUCAGCAAACCUCUGCUUUUUUCAAGCUACAAAAUGACCCCUGAGACAUUAAAAGAUCUUAUUUUAUUUAAAGAAGAGUUAUAGUUACACGGAAGUGGAGUUGAACUUUCUGCACAGUGUCAUAUUUAAACAGAGAAAGAUAUGCUUGUUUGGAGUCAUUUCAUUUAAAGCUCAUGUAAAGAAGGAGACAUGAGGUUUUGUAGGUUUUCAGCUUUACUUACAGACUGGAAAGUCUAAAUAUUCACCUGCCUGCGUCACAGAUGAAUCCACACAUCCUCUCCCACCCCUGAGUACAUCACAGUGCAGAGCCAUUGCAUGUGUACUGCAUGCAAAGCAGCCUGGUGUGAGUAUCAACCAAGCUACAAGGAAAAGAGGCGAAAUCUCUACAUGCUGAAUGGAGCAAAUGUAUGUUUCUAAUGCUUUCGUAAUGCAUGCAGGAACGGUGGAAAUAUCUGCACAAAAUCAUCAGGUACAGAAAAAUGUGUUCCAGCUGUUGCUAAAUAUUGGACGCAAAGAUCAAAUUUUACACUUUUCAUAACACUAAAAACAUCCAACUGCAAGGUGACUUUAUAGUGUUUGCAAAGAUUAGAUUUCCCUGCAAGAGCACAGGUGAGCCAUGCUUUCCUCAGGUUUGCAGGUCACAUCUUAAAAAUUUCAUUUGGAGGAUGAGAUGAAAAUGUUCUGACCUUUUUUUUUAUUAUAGCACAGGGUUUUGGAUAAAAACUAUCGCUCAGUUAGAAACAGAAAAGUGGAUAUCUGACUUUCUGCAGCUGUAAAAAAGGAGAGAAUCUGAUUGGCUGGUUUGAACUUAGCUAAAAUGUGAUCUUUCUCUUUCUGAGUCAGCCUGAGUCAGCCUGACUCUGUGUGACUCUCAGACUGCAGGCUGAAACAUCUCUCUGUGUUCAGUCUCUCUGAUCAUUCCUGAAGACUUUGGAUCUCCGAAGUAAAUAUGGGACCUUUUUUUUUAAAUUUUCAAAGCUAUAUAUCCAAUCAGGAGAGGUUUGACUGUGAUGGUCUCUGCAGCACAGUCAGAUCCCACCUCGUUCGUUUCUGAGCUGUGAACCUGAUAACCUCAGAGGUCAAGAAAGUCACACACAGCCCAAUGAAAACAAAAGUGUCUUUGCUCCAAACUGUGAGGAGUGAUGUUGAUACUGAGCCGUUAUCGGAGGUGAAGAGGUGUGGAGUAAAACCACUGCUUUGCUCUUUAAUGUGUCACUGUUACAGGAAAUUUUUGUUAAAUGAUGUUUCAGACUUCCUGGAGUCUUUCUUCAACCUGAACUUUAAGAGCAUGUUUCUUCUACCUGAAUGUUUUUCCAGUGUGGAGUUUUAAACGUGAGCCCAGAAAGUUAUUCUAGGGCUGUUUUCUCAUCCAUAGACUACAAACCACAGCAUCAGUCUGCUCACGCAGUCUAAUACUGAUCAUGUGACAGGAGGAGAGUUGGUCACUUUGUUGAACAGACUGAUGGGAUCGUGCCUUCAAAGGAGCAAAAAUCAGGAUGCCUAGGAGGAGGAGGAGGGACCAGCUUCCACUGCAGAUUUGAUGGUUUACACACCUGUCAAUCAAAUGGACAAUCACACUACAAAGUCAAGUUAAAGAAAGCCAUCAGAGAUCCUGAACCCAGCAGAGACUCUUCACAGUCAAAUGUGUGUUUUAAGACAAGUUAAAAAAAAAAAAAGUUUGAUAUUUGGUUGGACAAGCAUCAAUCAGCCUCUGAGGACAGGACCUCAGCCUCUGGGGGCGGGGCUUCAGCCUCUGCAUAUUUCUCAUGGUUCAUUAAAUGUUCAUGAAUCUGUUUUAUAUUUUAAUAUUUAGUCUGAACUGAAAGGUGGACUGAGACUCCUCUCCCUCACAAACACCAUUGUUGGCGCGCGUUGUGUUUAGAGAUUGUAACACCAGCAACAGAUAUUAUCUCCAUGUUUCUGUGCCAUCAUGUUGCUUGUUUGAAUCUUUAUAGGGAAUGUUAACCUCACUCUGAUGUGUUUGUAUGGGUUUUUACCUCCUUGUUAUGCUUCAGAGUUAACGGCACAAAAUAAAACACCCAACACCAAA